AUGAUUCUCCUUCAGUAUCUGUUUCUCCCAACAUGCUUGGUCCUAGCAGCUUUUCUGAUAGUUCUCGGGAAGAGAAAGUCUAGGAACAAAAGAAGCAACCUCCCACCGGGCCCUCCCAAGUUGCCUAUCAUUGGCAAUCUCCACCAGCUUGGCAAACCGCCACACAGAUCUCUCCAUCGCCUCGCCAUGAAGUGCGGGCCGAUCAUGUACUUGCAGCUCGGCAAAGUCCCGACCAUAGUUGUUUCCUCGGCCGCGAUGGCCAAGGAGGUGAUGAAAACCCACGACCUAGUGCUUGCGAACCGCCCUCAAAUCUUCUCUGCCAAGCACUUGUUUUACAACUGCACGGACAUGGCCUUCUCUCCCUGUGGCACUUAUUGGAGGCACAUAAGGAAAAUCUGCAUACUUGAAUUGCUUAGCGUGAGAAGGGUUCAGUCAUUUAGUCAUCUGAGGAAGGAAGAAGUUGCCCGUUUAGUUCACAGGGUGGCAGAGUCCUGUCCAGGCACCAUAAAUCUAUCUAAAUUACUGGCGUUGUAUACGAAUAACGUGCUUUGCCGGAGUGCUUUUGGGAGGGACUUUUCAGCAGGAGGGGACUACGAUAAGCAUGGGUUCCAGAGCAUGCUGGAGGAGUUUCAGGAGCUGCUUGCGGGAUUCAGCAUAGGAGAUUUCUUUCCUUCCUUGGAAUUCGUUCAUAGCCUGACCGGGAUGAAGGCUAGACUUCAACACGCCUUUAAGCGCUUCGAUCGUCUUUUUGACGAGAUACUGAGCGAACAUUCGAAUGAAAGCAAAGCUACGGAGGCGCAUAAGGAUAUUGUGGAUGUUCUGAUCGAUAUCGAGAAGAACGGUUACGGUGAUAUGCCCCUUACAAGGCCUAACAUCAAAGCCCUUCUCCUGGUCGGUGAAUCAGGGUCUGUUUGGUAA